AGGGGGGGAGAAAAAGGGAUAAAAAUACCACUUUAGAGGGAACUUUUGAAUCCCGAGCCUGACAAGGAGAUACUACAGAACCACAAUCAUUUCAAGCAGCUUUUUAACUGUAUUUUAUAAAUCUCUAUUAGGGAAAGUACUAUUUAAGCUAUUUUGAUGUGAUUUUCGAAAAGGCUUACUUACUGUCUUUCAAAGUCACGUUAACUAAUUCCUCAGUUUCCCCUGGAACGAGGGGAGAUGAUUUUUCGUAAGAUCCCAGAAAAUACUACCAUGACACAACUUCCACUCAGCUUAUCUCUUCAAGCCCAUGAUCAUUUAGAUCCAGAAAAAAAAAUUUUGAAUAAUAAUAAUAAAAAAUCACAGAUUCAGAAAAAAACCCCACUUGAAUAAUAAUUAAAAAAAAAAAUCACACUAUCAGCACUGAUCAUUAAAACCACCCUCAGACCCACCUUUCCCAAGCCAACAACAGGACAUGCAUGACCCGUGGCGGAGCUGGAAACCUUGGAAAAGUCCCUGUUUUUCUUGUCUAUCCAAUAUGUUAAACCUUUAAAUGUGACUUGCAAAAUCUUCGCUUUGCUCAAGCGAGUGAGUCCUUGGCUCGCCUGAGGGAAAGUGGCUCCCAGGGUCUCGGGAAUCAUGUUGCAUCCUGCCCCUGAGUGCAGACCUCGUCCCAUUCAAUUCUAAUUCCAUGACUCAGAGCGGCGGCUUUGGUGGAGGGGGGGAGCUCCCUCUCGCCGUUACUUUCCUGCCUGCAAACAAUGCAUUUUUCAGCGCCUCACCGUAGCCGAGGUGUGUUUGACAAGGCAAGUUGCUGCAAGGCACGUCAAGUUCUGAAUUCCCGUGCCAAGUUUUCCAAGCAGAUAAAAGAGGAGGCUCCCAACCUCUCCCAUUACAGGGGUUUCUGUCUCCAUUGCCCUCUGCUCUUUUCCUGCUGCGCAGCCUUUUUUUUGUUUUCCUCUCUCCUGCUCUUUGUCUUCCCAACUGAACCAGCCAUGAGCCGGAUCUCUUUCAGAUCAUCUACUGGAGGGGGCAUGAGGGGCUUUAGCUCAGGCUCCGCUAUCGUAGGAGGUGGUGGUGGUGGGACCAGAAGCAGUUUUAGCUCCGUCUCUGUCUCCAGAGUUGGAGGAGGAAGAGCUGGAGGUGGAGGAGGCUUUGGAGCUGGCGGUGGCUUCGGCAGCAGAAGCCUCUAUAACUUAGGUGGAAGCAAAAGGAUUUCCUACAGCUCCGUCGGUGGAGGUCUACGGAGCGGAGCCGGGGGUGGAUACAGCUUCGGUCUUGGCUAUGGUGGUGGAGCAGGCGCUGGCUUUGGCUUAGGAGGAGCUGGUGGUGGUGGUGGCUACGGGCUGGGAAGUGGAUUUGGGCUGGGAGGGCCUGGAUUUGGUGGCCGAGGUGGCCCCGGGUUCCCUGUUUGCCCACCUGGUGGCAUCCACGAAGUGACUGUCAACCAGAGCCUCCUGGCACCCCUCAAGCUGGACAUCGAUCCAGAGAUCCAGAAGGUGCGGACGCAGGAGAGGGAGCAGAUCAAGACCCUCAACAACAAAUUUGCCUCCUUCAUUGACAAGGUGCGCUUUUUGGAGCAGCAGAACAAGGUGCUGGAGACCAAGUGGGCCCUCCUCCAGGAGCAGGGUCACACUGUCACCAGGAAGUCCCUGGAGCCCCUCUUUGAGGGCUACAUCAGCAGCCUGCGGCGGCAGCUCGACAGCCUGAUGGGCGAGAGGGGCCGGCUGGACUCGGAGCUCCGGAGCAUGCAGGACAUGGUGGAAGACUUCAAGAACAAAUACGAAGAUGAGAUCAACCGGCGCACGGGUGCCGAGAACGAGUUUGUGGUCCUCAAGAAGGACGUGGAUGGUGCUUACAUGAACAAGGUUGAGCUCCAGGGCAAGGCCGAUGCGCUGGCAGAGGAAAUCAACUUCCUGAGAGCGCUGUACGAGGCGGAGUUGUCCCAGAUGCAGCAGCAAGUGUCCGACACCUCGGUGGUGCUGUCCAUGGACAACAACCGCAGCCUGGACCUCAACAGCAUCAUCGCCGAGGUGAAGGCGCAGUACGAGGACAUCGCCAACCGCAGCCGCGCCGAGGCCGAGGCCUGGUACCAGAACAAGUACGAGGAGCUCCAGGUCUCCGCUGGGAGACACGGGGACGACCUGAGGAACACCAAGAUUGAGAUUUCCGAGAUCAACCGGAUGGUCCAGAGGCUGAGGAAUGAGAUCGACAGCGUGAAGAAACAGUGUGCCAACCUCCAAGCAGCCAUUGCCGAGGCCGAGGAGCGUGGGGAGAUGGCCCUCAAGGACGCCAAGGCCAAGCUGACCGAGCUGGAGGAUGCCCUGCAGAAAGCCAAGGCUGACCUGGCCCGGCAGCUCCGGGAGUACCAGGAGCUGAUGAACGUCAAGCUGGCCCUGGACAUCGAGAUCGCGACCUACAGGAAGCUGCUGGAGGGCGAGGAGAGCAGGCUUGCUGGAGAAGGAGUUGGAGCUGUCAGUGUCUCCGUGGUCAGCAGCUCCAGCGGGAUGGGCUACGGCGGCGGGAGCAGCCUGGGCCUGGGCGGGGGGCUCGGCAUGGGCGGCGGCGGCGGCGGCUACACCGUGAGCAGCGGCGGCUUCGGCGGCGGCAGCGGCUUUGGCGGCGGCAGUGGAGGCUUCUCCGGGGGGCUCAGCUAUGGUGGGGGCAGCUCCUUCAGCUCUGGGAGCAGCCGGGGCGUCAGCUCCAGCACAGGGGGCAGCGUCAGAAUCGUUUCCAAGACCACCACCAGCAAAAAGACCAUCAGAUAAAGGCUGGCCAGCGCGCGGCCGUCGGCGACCCCGGCCUCCCGCCCUGCGGAUCAUGGUGUAAAUAGCUGCGCUAGAGCCUCUCCUUCCUCCAUCCUUCACCUCUGGGGCAGCGGGGGGACUCCAGGACCCCUCCGUGAGAAUCUGGAGCACCUUUGGUGAAGCACAGGUUGUAACAGGAGCCCACGGUGCCCCUGUGUCAGCGAGCCCGUGGCCUCUCCUCAAAGUCGGGCAUUUCGAGGGAAAUGGAAGCACUGUGUGGAACGGGGACAACCACACCAUCCAUCACCGUCCAUCCCAUUCCAGGGGUGAAUCCCGGCCUUGUGGAACCACAGUCCCAGGGCCUCAGCAGUGAAAACAUCUCCAAGAAGCUCUAAAAGCCUCUGCCCCUCCAACACGUUACAACCUCCAAAGGUUUUGUCUGCAAUUAAAGAUUUCUUCGAGCCCCUUCUGUUUUCUCUGGCACUUGUGGGAAAGGUUUUUGCUUUGUGUGUAUAAGAUUUCUAACUACUCAUCCUCGUGGCUGCAGCCUCCUCACUUCCAUGCCUAACCUACUGUAAGGUCCAAUAAAAGAGCAUUUGUCAUUUUUAAA